AUGCCUGCUCCCGCGUCCAACAAGCGCAACAAGCGCAUAAGUCGCAACCUCAUAAUCGGCUCCGAAGCCUGGCAACUCCCUCCAGUCGGCCACCCCGAUCGUCCCAAGAAUGUCCCCGAUGACCACACGAAGCGCUGGACCGUCUACGUGCGAGUGCACGAUGGCGACCCCGAUAUCCGAGCAUGGCUCAACAAGGUUUCAUUCAAGAUCUUCAACACGUACGAAAACCCGCUUCGUAUGGUCGAGAAGCCGCCGUUUGAGGUGACGGAGACGGGAUGGGGAGGCUUCAAUAUUGACAUAAGAUUACAUUUCCAGCCCAUAUCGGGAGAGAAGGCGCAAUAUAGACAGCACUUUCUGCAGCUGGAGAAGUACGGUGAUGAGAAGAUGCAAGCAGAGCAGGAGCGGACAGGCUGUGUGCGCUCCGAAUUCCUUGAAGUCGUGCAGUUCAACGAACCUACCGAAGCGCUCUUUGAUGCCCUCACCUCGGAAGACCAGUGGAACUAUCUCAUCCCAGCGGGCAAGGGCGGCUCUAAGAAGGCAUCCCUUGGCGCAAAUGGAAGGCUAAAGCGUGGCUUGCCGAAUGGCGAGAGGAGUGCACAGCUGCCUGAGAAGGGCUCGGACGACGUGCCUUUUAGCCAGGAACAAGAACAAGCUUUGCAGGAUUUCUUCAAGGCAAAGAUUCAAGACGUUGAAAAACAAUUGGAAAAAGAGGCGAAGAAGAAGGAAGAGGUGGAGGCUAAGCUCAAGACACUGCGGAGUGAGCUAGGACAUGAGGCUGCUCAGGCGGCAGCGCAACAGGCUAGCGGAGACCGCAGCCGGCGGAGAUGA